GGGAAGGGGAUGAAGGGAAAUGGAAAGGACUGGUGAAUGGUUCUGAUCCGGAAGUACACCUACGGGAAGUUCAGUCGACGCGGUUUCUGGCAAAUAGUGGGAUAUUUUAUUUUAUUCGCGUGUAUAUUUUAUUUUCCCACAGACGAGAAGACACUGUAGACCGUUAAUAAUAUCAUGGGUGCGGUUUAAAACUGAUUUAGUCCAAAUAAAAGCAGCAGGAGUUGGAGAUGAUGUUUUGAGAGCUGAUUUCUGAUACAGUGAGAUGCGACGCUGCUAGGAUGAAGUUUCUGAUCCUUUUAAGCCUCACCGUUUCGCCUUUCUGGGUGAAGAGUGCCCUGAAUCCUAGAUCGGUGGAGAAGGAGCUGAGAGACCAGGAAGAGGACCAAGAGUUUGAGAGCCUCCGAUCAAUGCUGGCAGACUUCGAGGUGCUUCCUGCUUCUAGUUUCCAGCAGCAUUCCUUAAGGAAGAGAGACGUCGACUCGCCAUCACAUGUCGAACGUCUGGUCAGCUUCACAGCACUGAAGAGGCAUUUCAAGUUGUACCUGACCACCAACACAGAGCUUUUCACUGACAAUUUCAAAGCUGUGUUCAUAGAUGAUAAAGGGAGGGAGCAGAAUUACGAUGUCGAAAUGCAAAAUUACUUCAGAGGACAUGUAGUAGGUGAGGAGCAUUCGCGGGUGCAGGCCCACAUGGACGGAGAUGAAUUUUCGGCGCACAUUCUCACUGAUGAAGCCGAGUACAACGUGGAGCCUUUAUGGAGGUUCACAGAGAAGGCACCAGACAGCCGCCUGCUAGUGUAUCGCUCCGAGGACAUCAAGAACAUUAGCCGUCUGGCCUCAUCUAAAGUAUGUGGCUACAUCAAUGCCGAGGCUCCACAGUUGCUUCCUGAGGAGGCCAGAACAGCAGCAGCAGAAGCACAGGAGGAUGGAGAAACAGGCAAGAGAGUGCGGAGGCAGACACACAACCACAAGAAGAACACCUGCACGCUGUUACUGGUGGCAGACUACCGCUUCUAUAAGCACAUGGGGCGUGAAGAAGAGAGCACCACACUGAACUAUCUGAUUGAGCUGAUUGACCGAGUGGAUGACAUCUACAGGAACACUUCAUGGGACGAUGAGUUUAAAGGCUAUGGUGUACAGAUUCAUCAGAUCAUCAUAAACAAGGUUCCCACUGAAGUCUCUCCAGGGCAGCUUCACUACAAUAUGAAAGGCAGCCCACGACCAAAAGACGACCAAGUGUGGGAUGUUAAGAAGCUUCUAGAACAAUUCAGUUUGGACAUAGCAGACAACGCCUCAGCUGUGUGCCUGGCUCACCUCUUUACCUAUCAGGACUUUGAUGAAGGCACUCUUGGUCUUGCAUAUGUAGCUUCCUCCAGAGACCAGGCCUUGGGAGGACUCUGCUCAAAACCUUACUAUCCAGCUCCUUCAGUGAAGAAAGCCAGCUACCUGAACACAGGCUUAACCAGCACUAAGAAUUAUGGCAAGACCAUUCUUACCAAGGAAGCAGAUCUGGUGACCACUCACGAGCUUGGACACAACUUCGGAGCAGAGCACGACCCAGACAACAUUGCCUACUGUGCCCCAAGUGACGAGCAAGGAGGCAAGUUUGUGAUGUACCCCAUCGCUGUGAGUGGAGACCAUCCAAACAACAAGCGGUUCUCCAACUGCAGUAAAGCCUCAGUGAGCCGGACUCUGAGGGUCAAGGCUCCACAGUGCUUCAAGGUACGCACCAGCAACUUGUGUGGCAACUCUCGCGUGGAAGAAGGAGAGGAGUGCGACUCCGGUCUCCUCCAUCGCAACGAUGACCCCUGCUGUACAGCCGACUGCAAGCUGAAGAAGGGCAAGCAGUGCAGUGACAGGAACAGUCCAUGCUGCUACAAGUGCAUGUACCAAGAAGCUAAUAAGAUCUGUCAGGAGUCCAUCAACGCCACGUGUAAAGCUAGCUCAUCAUGCACAGGCAAAAGCAGCGACUGUCCAACUCCUGGAAAUCUGUCUGAUGACACAGAGUGUGUGGAUAGAGGCCAGUGUCGCGGAGGCGAGUGUGUUCCUUUCUGUGAGGCCACACAGAACCUUCGCUCCUGUGCGUGCAAUGAUACGGACAGCUCCUGUAAGGUGUGCUGUAAGAACCCAAAUGGACUCUGUGCUCCUUUUAAAUUUGAAAAUGGAGAUUAUCUGUACCUACGUAAAGGCAAGCCCUGCACCGUGGGCUUCUGUGAUGGCCGUGGUAAAUGCAUGAAGCAGGUACAAGAUGUUGUCGAGAGGUUGUGGGACUUUAUUGACAAGCUGGAUAUCAACACAUUCGGGAAGUUCCUGGCUGACAAUAUAGUAGGCUCUGUGGUGGUCUUUUCCCUCCUCUUCUGGAUCCCUCUGAGCAUCCUGGUGCACUGUGUGGACAAGAAACUGGACAAACAGUAUGAGGAGAACUCCAAGUCUCUGAUAUACCCCAGCAAUAUGGAGGUGCUGAGCGGUAUGGAGGCUUCCAUGCGCAUCAUCAAAGCCCCUGUUCCUCCUCCUCCUCCUCCUCCUUCCUCUUCUGUUACAGCAGCGCGACCCGUACAGGGACACCCCGGUGGCGGCGGCGGCAGCAGCACCUCUCCGCCUACAACCUCCUCUUCCGAGCCCAGAGCGGAUCCUCAGCGUAUGGCCACCAUCGAGGAGGACUCCAGCGGCGACUCUCCACCAGGGACAGCCUUCUCCCCGAGUUCUGCGGCAGCCAAGUCGUUCGAGGACCUCACCGAACAUUCACCACUAAACCGUCCGAACAGGCGACUGCAGAGACAAGCACGCAUCGAGAGUAAAGAGACGGAGUGCUGAGACGUACGCUCCAUCCCAUUCACACUUCCACAUUCUCUCUCUCUCUCUCUCUCUCUCUGCCGCAAGCAUGCACUUUGGUACACGACAAACAAAUGAGCCUUUUGUUAAGAAUCAAUUUGAAGACAAUCCAACAUCAGUGUACUGUAGUGCAGGUGUAUUGUGCUGACUGCUAAGUAUUUUUGGUUAGUUGUGUAAAUUAGUUUUUUUUUUUUUUUUUUUUUUUAAACAUAAGAACAGAAAAGUCAUGUAUAAAUGCCAGAGGCUGCAGUCUAGAAGCCUGGAUAUUAAAGGUGCCCUCUGUUAGCUGGGAGGAGAAACGGUUCACCGAUUCCUUUCUCCGCCAAUUGAUCCCGCCCCGCGUUAAGACUUGCAGGUUGCCUUUUAAGAAAAAGGAGUCGUGCUGAGCAGCUCUCCUUUGGCUCGGGGGCGGAGCUGAUUUCAGGACCAGAAAAAUCUCAACGGAAGCCUGAAAUUUCUGAAACUAGAUCCGUUGCAUGGUUUUGAAGUGUUUGACAGAUCUAGAAAUACUUUUUAAGCAUUAUAAAAUGCACUUUUAAAUGAUUAUAAAGAAUAAUAAUAAAAAAAAAAGUGCCUUGUAGAACAGCUGUAAUAGUUUUACUCGUCACUGAAAUGCCUGGUGAGCAGUGUGUAAGUGUUUUUCCUUCAUCUUGUAAGUGAUCACACCCUUUAUUUGAGUAAAGGUCAGCCAUACAGAGACCGAUUUAAAGUCCUUUCCAUUAGAGCCAUCGCUGGCAGUAAUCUAGACCUAGUCUCAAAUCCGUCUGCUUCUGUCUGAAAUGGUGACGCUUCAAAUGCACGACCUCUGCAGGAAAGUCACCAGUUUGUGCCGUGGCUGUAUUUUUGUUCGAACUACUGUUAAACAAACGAUUAGAGUGGAGCGCGAUUUAUGAAUCAAGAAUAAGGUGUUCCUCUGAACACACUGCCGUUCCUGUCUCUGCUCUGCUGUGCUGUAGCAGUUCGAGUUACUACACUUAAGAUUUUCUGUUUGUUUUCUAAACUGCCUGGAAGUUUUAACUGGAAAAACUAUAAAUUGAACUAUAAAUACACUGAAUUCUAAUUUAAAUGCACAUUUGUGAGCCCACAUAAACAUAUCAGGAAAAGUGUUAAAACGUUUUAUAUUCAGACACUAUAUACUUCAGGUGCUGUUUAGGUCUCGGUGUCUGACUCCAUGACACACCGGAGUCCACAAUGACUCAAACUGUUUUUGAGAACUGAUGACAUUUAUGGAGUUAGGACUUGAGCAGUAUGGAUGUGAAUCUAUAUAAAUGUAAUUUUAUUGUUGAAUCUGUUGCAUUAAAUUUAGAACACGA